UACACGCAAAAUGUGAAACGGUAGUUGAUAACUUCAUGAAAACUAAACUGAGUACGGAAUUGCAAACGGCAGUAGUGGCUCAACUGACUGAGCUGUUUGGCGAUGGCUGGACACAGACCUCGUUUGCUGUUCGUUCGUCAGGUGUUGGAGAGGAUGGGGCGGAGGCAUCAUUCGCUGGCCAAUUAGAGACGUUCCUGGGCGUGAACGGACAGAACGAGAUUCUUCAUGCGAUAGUGAAGUGCUGGUCCUCUUCCUUCAAAUACCAAGCUGUGGCAUACAGGAGGAACCACGGGCAAGGUGUAGCAGCAUAUAUUGGCGUUUGCGUACAGGAGAUGGUGAAGGCAGAUGCUGCUGGUGUGCUCUUCACGCGAGAUCCAGUGUCUGGCAACCCUGGUGUCAUGACCAUCAAUGCGUCAUAUGGCUUGGGAGAGGCAGUUGUCUCCGGAGUAAUAGAGCCGGACACAAUUUAUCUGCAGAGAAGCUUCUCUGAUAAACUCACCGUGAAGGAAAAGAUCAUAGGAAGCAAGAGGAUAAAGAUCGUUCUGGACAGUGGUGCGGGAGGCAUUGCUGAAGAGGAAACGGAUGAUAAAGACACAUUUUGCGUAUCAGAUGAGGUGGCUCUAGAACUCGGAAGAAUUGGCCUACAGGUCGAGCAACUGUUUUCGGAUCCGCGAGAUAUAGAGUUUGCCGUUAAAGAUGGCCAGAUCUACUUGCUUCAGGCUCGACCAAUCACGACGCUUAACGUCGAGUCAGACUUUGAGCUCAUGCACGAACACGAUGCGGGGCUAUUGAACGAUCGAGACAUGUUCGCAGCUUCAAACACCGGAGAAAUGAUGCCUCAAGCUAUGACUCCAUUGACUAAAGAUAUGUUCGUAACAACUUUGAGUGGUUGCAUACAGGCUUUACGAAGUGAUGUCGCAGGAUACUGUCACAAAUCCUUCGCCGACACAAUGAUAGCGACGUUCUGCAUGCACUUCUUUCUGAAUGUCUACAACUGCGGAUACUACAUGAAUGAGUACACAACUGGAAUGAACACAGAGGCAGCCAAGGUUCAAUCCGAUAUCAUGUUUUUUGGGCGACCCUUGGGUGACGACAUAUUAGAGGAAGUACACAGACGCUAUGGCAACACACGCACGCCGUGGUACAGAAAGGUGUAUGCUUCUGUGUGCGUGUAUUACGACUUGUUUGCAGCGCGCCGAUAUGUGAGACGCGGAUGGGAGUGCGUGAAGAGCAUGAAAGCUGACUUAAACAUCGGCGACCCGCUAGCACUCUACAACGAUAUUGAGAAGGAUAUCGUCGCUAGUUCUAUCGCAUGGGAUCUACACAUAGGUGCCACGAAUGCCUCUACCGUCGGCUCGGCUAUCUUAACAAGUACUCUAGCCGGCAAGAGUAGCAAAGGACCCACUAACGAGGUACUGUCAGACGUCGCAAUGCUUCUUUCAACCUGCCCGGACGUGCUUAGCGCGAACGUUCCCGCUGCACUAAGAACGAUGGCGCUGGAAGUGUUGAACACCGGAAAGGCCGAUUUUUUUCAGUCACUGUCACCGGAAGCGGCGGCUGAAUGGCUCAGAUCCAAUGAAAGUGAAAAACUGAAGAAAUUGUACGACGAAUUUAUUGAGAUUCACGGACACAGAUGCGUCCGAGAGUCUGAGCUUUGGGAAAAGCCGUGGCGAAUGGAACCCGCAAAGUUUGUCAAGAGCCUACAACGUAUGGUUAAGUCACCCGAUCAACUGAAAGACACGAAGAGAAUCCUGUCCGAAUCCGAGGCAAUAGAGAACGUGAAGACCCCGAUUGGUUUCAUAAGAAAGUGCAUACUACGAUUCCUGUUACCAAUAGCGAGAGAAGCUGUUGGACACAGAGAAAAUGGAAAAAGCUUCGCGAUCAAAGGCAUGGACUAUCUGCGGCAGGGAUAUACGAGACUGGCCGAGCUACUCGUACACACGGGUCGCCUUCCCGACACAGAGCUGAUAUUCUUCAUGACCAAUCGUGAAAUUGGACAGUUGAUUAAGAACCCUUCAGCUAGACUGCUGAACAAGGCAAUGCGAAGAAGGAAGCUCAUGCCAACUCUGAUGAACUUUCAAUUCCCUGAGAUAAACACCGGAUAUCCCAUGCCGAUUGAAGAUGAUCAGCCCGCAGAGCUGUCUUUAUCCACACAUCUAGAAGGCAUGCCAGUAAGUCAAGGCGUCAUAAGAGCAAAAUGCAGAGUUGUGACGUCACUGGAAGGAGCCGAUUCUAUUCAGCAAGGAGAGAUAUUGAUUGCACGAUACACAGAUAUUGGCUGGUCUCCAUACUUCCCGCUGAUAUCGGGCUUGUGCACGGAGAUGGGUGCCCUGCUUUCACAUGGUGCCGUCGUUGCAAGAGAGUAUGGACUUCCAUGCAUCGUCUCUGCCAAGAAAGCUACGUCUAUAUUCAAAACAGGUGAUGAGGUGAUCUUGGAUGGAACCCGCGGCACGAUAACAAAGGUGCUCGCCGAUGAUAACGACGACAAACACACGGACUGAUUCGUAAAACGACGACCUACGUUACCGCAGUCUGGUAAAGGAAACCAUGAACGGAUGGCAAUUGAUGGUCAUGGGGGCAAUGGUGAUGAUGAUGACGACGACGUCGACGACAACGAUUAUAUACGACGAUGAUAAAAUAUUAUAAUGUACACGAUAAACAUAACACAUACCAAUGAAUGGUCUUUUUUAUGUUCCGCUAUUUUAAAUCAUUUAAUUUUUAUUACUGACUUAAGAAUUUGGGAUACAGCAUGUCAAAUACGUGCAAAUAUGUGCUUUGUACCUUAUGUUUUGUGACGCAUUGAGCAUGUGAAAUCAGAGAGCUAACAUGCAUGUAUGUGUGCAUGGAUCGAAAGAAUAGUACGAUGGCUGACCAUUUCUAUGCCAAACGUUUUCGCGUCGGCUAGACACUUUGCUAAACACAUUUGUAUUCACGUGUACGGGACAUGUCCGCGUAUGUUCGUGCAUACUAGCGAAAUUCGGGUAGAUAGGACACAGAUUAAAACUCACUAAUAUUCUCCUGUUAUAAUUAUUAAAAUGAGAAACUGGGCUAGAAAUUUUCGUUUUAAUCUACUGAUGAGUGGGUACUUUCUACUUUAAAUGUAUAUAAUUUACUAAUAAAUGUUAUAAUUUGUAAAUUGAGAAUCUAUGAUGGAGACCUAUGAUUAUAGAUUAGAUUUAGAUGUCAAAUUACUGGUUAGUAUAUGCUCUCUGCUCUAACUAAUGGCAUUAAACCCAUUUAUGUUGGGUUAUAGUGGGCAUGUGAAACCAACCGCAUGUCUAAUGUAAUGUAUGCGUGCACGUAUCGAUAGCUGACAGUUUUCAUAACAACCCCUUCCGUCUCUGUGAUGCACAGGCGUAUAUUCGCAAACAAUACGCGUAUACGUGCGUGCGUAUAUUUCUCAAGCUGAUAUAAAAAACUUAUGCGCCACAAUUAUUAUUGGUUAAAAGGUUGUUGUAAUUGGUUGUAGGUUGUUACUCCUAAUCUCACAUAUACAGCGAUACUGGGCCUAUUGCACGAUGUGUAACAAUGAAACGUCUAACGUUAAAUGAAC